AGAAAGCGAUUGGAAUAUUGAUUGAAAAUCGUUUCCUGAUUUUAACCUGGACAUCGAAUUCACUGGCGAGUUCCUUUCCAUAAGCCAUGGACAAACGGGCCAAAGCGGGGUAUCGACCUUAUUACGCCUCUUGGGCGGGUGUGGGCGUCGCCCUGGGAUUGGGCACCUACUACCUUUACCGCCAAAACAGACGGGAAAACAGACAGGUCCAAAACGACCAGACAUCGAAUCCUAGCGAAGCACCAAGAUUAGAUGAACCAGUUCAAACCCUUCUGGAUGUUAUUCCUAAUGAAUGGCAAGAGGUCAAAGAGGCUCCGAAGAAAAUGGAAAACUCUGAGGCAUGUUUUCUUAUUAUUCAGACCGAAGCGGACGCCAAAGCGAAGGGUUCAUCGGCGGCUUUUGAUCGGAUCAAGGCUGGCUUCGAUCAUCAAGACUAAAUAACUAACCGCACUCACCCAUGGCUGGAGAAAGCGGCUAAAAUCAUGGCCAAUUCAUCUUGUUGAUGCUGACUUCUCAUUUGUAGGCGUCGCUCUUUCUCGUAGCUUUGUUCCAGAUCGUAACCGGGAGGUGCAUUCCGGAGAAUCUCCACCCGGAGGAUGCCAUCCCGCGGCCAAGUGUCUUUGACCCCUUCCAAGCAAUGCACCGGGAUCCGCGAGAACGUCACGUGAAUGUAAAUCAACAUCAAGAAGCACAAAAUGGCCUGUAAACCAGAAUAAAACCUUCCAUCAUGUCA